AUGUUUUUCCUGUUCGCUCUCUUUGCUGCAUCAGCUAUGAAGCCACGUAAAUCCGCUCCUGUCAACGAUUGGAGCCCAAUGUGCCUUUCUUGCAAGCUUGUUGUUUCAAUUAUCGAGAAAGAAUUAAAGAGUGGAAAGAAGAUCGAAGAAAUCACAGAAAAGGUUGAAGCUUACUGCGCAUACCUUCAGGGUGAUGCUCAACAAAUCUGCAUAGAGAUUGUUAAAGAAAAAGUUCCAGAAAUCAUCAAGUACAUAGAAAAGGAAAUGGAAUCUCAUGAUGUUUGCAAGAUCCUCGACUACUGCAAGUAA